UAAAAUGAAAAUACAAUAAAAACAUAUAAACGUCAAUUGAAUUUUUACAUUGGUUGUGACCGAAAAACGAAAAUAAUUGAAUAAGUUAUUUAUAAAUCAAUUGUAAAGUGAUCUUUUGAAACAGCAACAAAGAAAGAAAACAUGGGAUCCGAAGAUACGGAGAUAAGUUCUGGAGAUAGAAUCCAAAAAGGUUUUCAAAUAAAUUAUAUGAUUCUUCGUGACGCGGAUUCUGGAAAGGUAAUAUGGCAAGAAAAUAAGGACUUCUCUUCACCAGAUGUAGAACAUGAAGCGCGUGUACCUAUCAAAAUAUUGGAUUUAAGAGCCGUGUCUCGUGAAAUCAAUUUCAGCACCAUUGAACCAAUGGAAAAUUUUCGUCUCGAUCAAAAGGUGCUCUUCAAAGGACGCAUAAUGGAAGAAUGGUUUUUCGAAAUGGGCUGGGUAGGUGCAAACACUACAAAUACUUGGCAAUCGACAAUCGAAGCUGCACCUGAAUCCCAGAUGAUGCCAGCAAAGGUCUUAAAUGGUAAUGUUACAAUUCAAACAAGUUUCUAUGACAACGACACACUUAUCACCAAAUCAAUUGUGCGCCUAUACUACAUUUAAACAAGCAAACAACAAUUCACACUCAAUCUGCCCACAACUUGGCAUUCUUUUCGUAUUUUCAUAACAUGGGAUUUCCAAAUAAAUACUUGCGAUGACGCAUUUAGGCAAGGCUGUUUAACUUUAAUGCAUAUAUCGAUUCAUUAAUUUUGAAAUUAUUCCAAGAAAUUUUGGAAAUUGUUGUAAAUUGUAUCGAGCUGAUAUAUUUAAGAGCCUGAGCAUUUGUGUAUUGCAAUUGUUAUUAAUUUAUAAGUAGAUAUAAAAGAGUGAGGUGUAAUAAAAACGUACAUUUAAUAUGCAACUGAAA